ACGUCGACUCAUCCAAAACAUCAGUCUGACUCACAAUGGAGACAUCAUGGCCAUCAUCCCCUCAUCCACAACUCAAUACUCCGCCCCCGACGUACCCCAUCCCUUCAGACAGAACAUGAAUUAUUUUUAUCUAACGGGACACGACCAACCAGAUGCACUCCUUGUAUGUACUCUCACAAAUAACACAUUCAACGACUAUUUGUUCCUACCACCAUUCUGCCCUAACAAACUCCGCUGGGAAGGACCUUCUCUCACAUCGAGGAACUCAGCAGAGUCACUGGAACUCAGCAAAGUUUUGGAUUUUUCAGAAAUAAAAUCAUUUUUGUGGUCACAUGAACAUUGUCACGUUUUUAUGGACAAUUUAGAAUCAUCCUGGCUACUAAUAGCCCAUGAUUUGAAUGUGGGGGACAAGAAAUGUAUUUCUCCCUUUAUUAGUGACAUGCGGAUAAGAAAAAGUGACUGGGAGGCCUCAAAAAUGGCCAAAUCCUCGCAUAUUUUGGGAGAGGCAUUGAAAAUAGUGAUGAACAAAUCAGUAAAGGAAAUGGUUGGAUUAUUAAGUCAGUAUUAUCAAUGUGAUUUACUGGGGGGUGAAGGAUUUGCCUUCCCGCCAGUGGUGGCAUGUGGGGAUAAUAGCACAAUAAUCCAUUAUAUGAAGUAUAAGGGAGAGUUCAGACGGGGGGAGUUGAUAUUGGUGGAUAGUGGAUGUGAGGUGGGUCACUACUGCAGUGAUAUGACAAGAGUGUGGCCUUCUUGUGGUGAAUGUGGUCAAAUAUUAAAGGAGUGUUUUCCCGUGCUCAGAGGGAGGUGUAUGAAUGUGUGUUGGAGGCCAAUUUGGAGUGUAUUGAGGCAUUUAAAAGACAAAAUUCGCUUAAUUUUGUCAAUGAGAUUGUACAUUUCUCGGGAUUGUGGUUAUGUUUAUGACGAAUAUAGGGGUAUAGGUAUAAGGAUUGAAGAUGAUUUGUUGAUCACACAGAAUGGAGGUCAUGUGCUUACUAAAAAAAUAGAGAAAUCAGCAAGAGCUCAAACAAUAAGAAAUACAGUGAAAAAUUAG